UCCAUGUUUCUUCAUCCAUCUAUCACAAAAACACACACAAUAUGGUUAAGCUUGCUCAUCUCCUCGUCGCAACGUUCGGGGCUCUCCUCGUCCUUAACGGCUGUCUCGCAAGGCAGUCGCUAGGGGUUCCUCCUCAGCUAGGGAACGCGUGUAACCUCGAUAACUUAGACGUUCUCCAGCCUACCGAAACUAUCAAGAGCGAGGCUGGUCGGGUCGAGUACUGGGAUCACAACAAUCCUCAGAUCCGAUGUGCUGGUGUCUCUGUCUCUCGUGUUAUAAUCGAACAAGGCGGUCUCUACCUUCCUACCUUCUUCAGCUCCCCCAAAAUUUCCUACGUUGUUCAAGGAAUGGGUAUUAGCGGAAGAGUGGUCCCUGGAUGCGCGGAAACCUUCAUGGACUCGCAACCUAUGCAAGGACAACAACAAGGUCAACCAUGGCAGGGACAACAAGGACAACAGGGUCAGCAGGGACAACAAGGUCAACAGGGUCAGCAGGGUCAACAGGGACAGCAGGGUCAGCAGCAGCAAGGGUUCCGUGACAUGCACCAGAAGGUCGAACAUGUUCGACAUGGAGACAUCAUUGCCAUUACUGCAGGCUCUUCCCAUUGGAUCUACAACACCGGUGACCAGCCACUUGUCAUUAUCUGCCUUCUCGACAUUGCCAACUACCAAAACCAACUCGACCGCAACCCAAGAACGUUCCGUCUGGCCGGAAACAACCCACAGGGCGGUUCCCAGCAGCAGCAGCAACAACAACAGAACAUGUUGAGCGGGUUCGACCCUCAGGUCCUAGCCCAGGCAUUGAAAAUCGACGUUAGGUUGGCUCAGGAGCUUCAGAACCAACAAGACAGCAGAGGAAACAUCGUUCGUGUUAAGGGACCUUUCCAGGUUGUGAGGCCGCCUCUUAGACAGCCAUACGAGAGUGAGCAGUGGAGACACCCCCGUGGCCCACCACAAAGCCCACAAGACAACGGCUUGGAGGAGACUAUCUGCAGCAUGAGGACCCACGAGAACAUUGAUGACCCAGCCCGUGCUGACGUGUAUAAGCCCAACCUCGGCCGUGUGACCAGCGUCAACAGCUACACUUUACCCAUCUUGCAGUAUAUCAGACUCAGCGCCACCCGUGGCAUUCUCCAGGGUAAUGCGAUGGUGCUUCCAAAAUACAACAUGAACGCGAACGAGAUCUUGUACUGCACUCAAGGACAAGCAAGGAUUCAAGUGGUGAACGACAACGGACAGAACGUGCUGGACCAACAGGUGCAGAAGGGACAGCUCGUGGUCAUCCCACAAGGAUUCGCCUAUGUUGUCCAGUCCCACCAAAACAACUUCGAAUGGAUUUCUUUCAAGACAAACGCUAACGCGAUGGUCAGCACUUUGGCCGGUAGAACCUCGGCCUUGAGGGCAUUGCCACUAGAGGUCAUAACCAACGCUUUCCAAAUUUCUCUCGAGGAAGCUAGAAGGAUCAAGUUCAACACGCUUGAGACCACUUUGACUCGUGCGCGCGGUGGACAACCCCAGUUGAUCGAGGAGAUAGUCGAGGCUUAAGUUAAAACGUUUACUUUUACUAAUAAAGUAGUGACAUGGUUACUAUUGUAAUGGUCAGUUUGUAAUCAUGUCCACUCUAAGUUUUUAACGUAUGUGUAAAAUAUGUGUCUAAAGAACACGCCGGCACGUCUCUUGUAUGUAACCCUUCUCAUAAAUAAAAGUGGAGUUUCGA